GUUCGGAAACAUAACUACCCUUGAAACAAAGGUAUUAUUAUAGUUUUUGCUGUUUAAUAACUCCUUUUACAUCCUUCAACAUGUCUGGUAAAAUCCAGCUUCUAAAAGUGUGCAAAGGAACGUUUGGCCAGGUGAGGAAUUUUCACGUAGCCAGCGUUUCAAAUGGCCCCACAAAAACGUUUUCCAUCUACCGUUUUAACCCUGAAGAACCUGACAAGAAGCCGUACAUGCAGGAAUACAACGUGGACUUGAGCUCUUGUGGCCCUAUGGUCUUGGAUGCUUUGAUCAAGAUCAAAAACGAAAUUGAUCCCACUUUGACUUUCCGUAGGUCCUGCAGGGAGGGUAUUUGCGGAUCCUGUGCUAUGAACAUCGGAGGUGUGAACACUCUUGCCUGCAUCAGCAAAAUUGAUGCUGGUUCCAGCAAGUCAACCAAAAUCUACCCUCUACCUCAUAUGUAUGUUGUUAAAGAUUUAGUACCUGACAUGAACAACUUCUACAACCAAUACAAAUCUAUUGAGCCCUGGCUACAAAGAAAGGAUGAUACUCCAAAAAAAACUGGGGAAAGGCAGCAACUUCUUCAAAGCAUUGAUGAUAGAGCCAAGUUGGAUGGUUUGUAUGAAUGUAUUCUGUGUGCUUGUUGUUCUACAUCUUGUCCGAGUUAUUGGUGGAAUGGUGACAAGUAUUUGGGACCUGCUGUUCUUAUGCAGGCCUAUAGAUGGAUUAUCGAUUCAAGAGAUGAAUCUACCUCUAAAAGGUUGGACAAAAUGAGGGACCCUUUCUCUGCCUAUCGUUGCCACACCAUCAUGAAUUGUACCAGAACUUGCCCCAAGGGAUUGAAUCCUGGACGCGCAAUUGCCGAAAUCAAAAAACUUUUGGGUGGUGUAGCCUCCAAGGAAGCCCCAAAACUCCAGACGGACGCUUUACAAAGUUAAAUCCACAGAACCUCACCUAAAUUAAUGUUUUUAGAACAAAAUUCAAUUUUUCUUUAACUGUAUUAAGAUUUAAAGUAUUUUACUAAAUUUAAUUUAAUUUGUUUCUACUUAACAAAAAAGUAUUUUAAUAAUGAAUUAUUUGUUGUAAAUUAUUUUCUUAAUUUAUUUAUAGCCAACAACUACAUGUUACUUUUUUUGUUUUAAUAUAACCUAAAUAUGCACAAAU